AUGGUUGUGCCCAGCACCCGCAACCUCCUCAACCGGCUCACGGCGCUGUCCCAAGUCAACCUGGACAGGCGGGAGCUAAUGUUCCGUCAAAUCCUCGAUGAAACCAUUCCUGAAAUCUUCUGGGGCGCGACUCCCACCAAGGUUGAUCUCGUACCUUUCCUCGAGCCAAUGCUCCCCCGCCGCCAGUACAAGAUCGAGUUUGCUACUGAGCCCAAGCCGGGUGUGCCCAAGCAGCUUCUCAUCAACGUCGACUUCGGAGCCAACGUCCGCGACGGAGGCAUCUGGGUCUCCCACAACUUCCCCGGCGAGAACAACUCCAACUUCGACCAUGGCGCCCGCAUCCAGGAACUCGCCCGCUCCAAGGUCCGCCACCGGGUGCCCCGCGUCUUCCGCGUCGGCAUGGCCAAGACCACCAACUUCACCAUUGACUACAUCGUCACACAGUACAUCCCCGACACGGUCUCACUCGACAAGGUCUGGUCCUCACUCAACCCCAGGAACAAGGGCAAGAUACUAGACGACCUGGCCGAAUUUCUCGAGUCCCUCCACGAGGUCAACAUGACCAGCUUGCGCGCCACCAAGUGGCUCUCCGCCCUCGACUUAUCCGGCGCCGCCAACUACACCGCCGACCACGUCGACUACCAUCCAGCGGCCACCAACCCGAUCUUCGCGACUGACGCUGACAACCACACCUCCGUCUGCGACUGCGGCCACGCCUACCACGACAACCUGCGCCUCAAGUACUUCCGCGUCCUCCUCGAGAAGUUCGAUUUCGACUCGCGCAACCGCAACUUUCCCAAGAUGUCCUCCUUCGAGCUCCUGGGAGACGGCUCGGACGGCGGCUUCACCGUGACGAGCGCCGACAACCAGGACGCCACCCACCUGAACCCCAGCUUGAUCGAGUUCCCGGCCGCCGAGCUCAAGAAGCUGUCCAACAACCUCCGCAUCUGCCACAUGGACCUCGAGCCCCGCAACAUCCUCGUCAAGCCUAUCAUCGCGACGCGCGGAAGACCUGCCGCCCUCGGCGAGUACAGACUCAUCGCCAUCACCUCGUGGGAGCACGCCGUCUGCGCCCCCUUCGCCUACGAGCGCGGCGUCAAGGACGGCAUGCUCGGCUGCCAGUUCAACUACGACUACUCGUGGUACAAGCUCUUCGUCGAGCACACCAAGCGGCUCAUACCCGAGGACGAGGUCCACGACAAGUACAUCCGCGCGGCGCUCGACAUCAAGAUCCGCAACCGUGAGCGCGCGUUUGAUCAGCCCAACCCGGAGCACCAGGCGCGGUGGUUCCAGAGGGAGAAGCUCGUCAUGGGUGCCAAGUACCGCGACGGAUACGUCCGAGCGGAGGGUGCGGAGGACCACAAGUCGCCCUCGGAGACGGCGUACCGGAACAUGGGAGAUAAGAUCGUGCAGCGGCUGAUCAUGCGGUGGAUGGCGCACGCGGUUGCGUUCCAUGGACUGGUGUUGCCCCCGACGAUUAAUGACGAUGAGGAGGCUGGCAGUGAGACCGAUCACGCGGACACGGAUACUAGUGAUGAGUCGGAGGAGGACACCGCUGACGAGUACCACUCGGAUACAUUUGACGAUUGA